UCCCACAGUUCCCUAAAAAACAUGCGCUGCUGAGCGAAGAACAUGCCGAGCAGGACAAGGUCGGAGCAAGUUGCUACAAAGUUACAAUCGCCUGACAAAAGUGAGAAUUAAAUUCAGGGUAAAGAGACAGAGAGACAGGUAUAGAGAGAAUUAGAAGACAGAGAGUGGGAAAUAUAAGACUGAUCCAGUAUCGUGUCUUUAGAGCGAUCCUUGUGUACUGCCCUUAUUAUGGGAAAGCGACAAUCGUCCUCAAUCCCCUGUACAAAGAGUGCAACCUUGGUGCAGGGAUCAGUGUGAGUGUAGCCGUAUAUUAGAUCAGGGGAGAUCAAUGAUCAGCAGAGCCGCUCUCUGUCCCUCGACUUCUUCUUUCUUCCCCCCGGCGUAAGGUCUCCAUUGAGUACAGCUGCACCACUGACACCUCUCCUGCUAAACACAUACAAUAAGUGGGGGCUGGAAUGACCCCCCAGGCAGCAGCAGAUCCACAGCAGCAGCAGGUUCUCUUGUCCUUCCUAUUUUGGUCUCUCUCUCUCCCUCCUCCUGUACAUGUUUUUUUCUUCCUGUGCAGUGACAGACCGUCCCCUCCCAUAUCACAAUCACAUCGUCUCCUUUUCUCCUGCUCGGGACUGAAAUGGCUGCAUGAGAGAUUUGGGCUCCUGGGGGGUGUGGGGGAAGAGAAGAAAAAAAAAAAAGCUCAGAUGAGGAAAGGAAGGAAGGAAGGACAGCCCCAAAGUCCUGAUCAGUCCUGGCUGUGUGUGGCGCCUGUGCCAGUCACUCUGUGUUGCUGCUGCUGCAACUGCCACUGCCGCUGCCAGGCUGAAGUCGUCACUCUGAUCCUGUCACUUCUCUAGUGCAUCUCAGCUGCCUGCUUCCAACUCUUCUCACUUGCCAUUCCCGCUCUCCAUUCCCACUCUCCAUUCCCUUGCUCCGUGCCAAGGUGUCGGGGGCACUCUGGGAAGCCUCCUCUACACACACAACUGCCAGAUCCGCGACUGCCACAUGACCUCUCCACCCUGAUCCCAGCUCCUCUCUCCUCCUUCUCCGCAGCCAGACACUGAAUAACCCGACGCAGGAGCAAAACGAAACAAGUUGGCACAGUCAGCGCGACGGAAUAAGCACCCCGAGAUACCUGAAAGGGGAAGAGAAAACUUCUAACCCUGGAGUCUUUACUCAUGAUCCAUGGGCAGAGUUACAGCCCAUCCCAGGCAACCUACAGACAGGCUUCUCUAAGCAAUCCUUUUUAUUGUGAGCUGCCCGGGAGAGCAUUGUCCCCUAACCAAAAGGGCAUGGAGGGGAGAAGUGAGAGUCCCAGCCUGAGGGACAGCCCGGACAGAGGGAGCAACAGCCCAGAAUCUAAAAGUCCUCCCCCCAAAAUGGCCAGAUUGGAACAGAAUGGUAGCCCAACAGGAAUCAGGGGACGACCCAACGGCUCACUCAGCAAAUCCGCUGGAGAUCUCGACACAGGCCUCAUGCUUCCGGUCUUCUGUGUAGUGGAGCAGAUGGACAGCAGGGAAGAACAUGCCGAGUUUGUACUAGUUCGGAGGGAUGUUCUGUUUAAUCAAUUGGUGGAGACGGCUCUCCUGGCCUUGGGAUACUCUCAUUCGUCUGCAGCUCAAGCUCACGGAAUAAUUAAGAUUGGACGCUGGAACCCGCUGCCCCUCAGUUAUGUGACUGAUGCGCCAGAUGUGACUGUUGCUGACAUGUUACAAGAUGUCUAUCACGUGGUAACACUGAAGAUCCAGUUGCAGAGUUGUUCCAAGCUAGAAGACUUGCCUGCAGAACAGUGGAACCAUGCCACAGUGCGAAAUGCCUUACGCAUGCUGCUGAAGGAGAUGAAUCAGAGUACCCUCGCCAAAGAAUGCCCCCUCUCUCAGAGUAUGAUCUCUUCUAUUGUAAACAGCACAUACUAUGCCAACGUGUCUGCUACAAAGUGCCAGGAGUUUGGAAGAUGGUAUAAAAAGUACAAAAAGAUGAAAGUUGAAAGAGACAACCUAACAGACUUCUGCUUAGUGGGCCCAAGACCAUCACACUUGCCAAACAUCAACCAGUUGGCAAGUUUGGGAAAAAACAACGAACCACCUCCUCAUAGCCAGCUCCACCACAGUCCUCCAAUCAGAAGCCAGGUUCCAUCCCUGCAGCCUAUAAUGAGCCCUGGACUUCUUUCACCACAACUCAGCCCUCAGUUAGUACGGCAGCAGAUAGCCAUGGCCCACUUGAUAAACCAGCAGUUAGCUGUCAGCAGACUUUUGGCUCACCAGCAUCCACAGGCCAUCAACCAGCAGUUUCUAAAUCACCCUCCCAUCCCAAGGCCGGUUAAGCCAGUAGAAUCUACAAAUUCAUCUGUAGAAGUUUCUCCUGAUAUAUACCAGCAAGUCCGAGAUGAGCUGAAGAGAGCCAGUGUGUCCCAAGCUGUCUUUGCAAGAGUGGCAUUUAAUCGCACCCAGGGCUUACUCUCAGAAAUCCUUCGGAAGGAAGAGGAUCCCAGGACAGCGUCGCAGUCUCUUCUAGUAAACCUGAGAGCCAUGCAGAACUUUCUGAACCUCCCAGAGGCAGAAAGAGACCGCAUCUAUCAGGAUGAGAGAGAGAGAAGCAUGAACCCAAAUGUGAGCCUGUUGUCCACAUCAUCUAACUGCUCAAGCUCAUCCAGGGUUCCACAGAUGAAAACCUGCAGCACUCCAACAUCAGACAUUCAGGUGAAAGUGGAAGGAGAAGGUUCUAAUGUUAACAUCACAGCUGUUGUUUAUGAUGAGAUUCAGCAGGAGAUGAAACGGGCGAAGGUAUCCCAAGCUCUCUUUGCCAAAGUAGCUGCUAAUAAAAGUCAGGGAUGGCUCUGUGAACUCCUCCGAUGGAAAGAAAACCCAAGUCCUGAGAACCGCACUCUAUGGGAGAACUUGUGCACCAUCCGACGCUUUCUGGCACUGCCUCAACAUGAGAGAGAUGCUGUGUAUGAAGAGGAGUCAAGGCACCAUCACAGUGAGCGACUCCAGCAUGUGGUACAGCUUACCCCUGAGCCAGUGCAGGUACUUUUAGGGCAACAGUCACAGCCAGCCAAAGAAACCUCACCCCCAAGAGAAGAAGCUCCACCUGUUCCACCACCAUCUGAAGACAGCUGCACCAAAAAGCCAAGAUCUCGCACUAAAAUUUCAUUGGAGGCUUUAGGCAUACUACAGAGUUUUAUUCAUGACGUAGGCCUCUACCCUGACCAAGAGGCCAUACACACUUUGUCAGCUCAACUCGAUCUGCCCAAACACACCAUCAUCAAAUUCUUCCAGAACCAGCGUUACCAUGUCAAACACCAUGGCAUACUAAAGGAGCACUUGGGAAUAGCAGUGGACGUGGCAGAAUACAAAGACGAAGAGCUGUUGACUGAAUCAGAGGAAAAUGACAGCGAAGAAAGCCUGGAAGAAAUGUAUACAGUUGAACAGAAUGAGGAUAAUAGUGGAGAAACAAAAUCUAAUGCAUCUGAUGUGGACCAGAGAUAAUAAAGAUUUCCCAUGAAAUAACCAUAGUUGCUAUACAAAGACGCAAUGACACUUGCUAUUUGUUAUGCUCUCGCUUUCUGCUACAAGGAGAGAGCAAGGAACAAUAAUGUAUUUUGGUACUGAUAUUGUUGGAUUUUUCCUUGACACUUGAGUGUAUAAAUGAUACCCUACUGGAAACAAACUAGUAAAAAAAAACUAUAUAUUCAAUCAUCUUGCACUUACGAUGAAGAUUCAAGUAAAAUACAGGACCUCGCAACAGAAUCAAUGAAGGAAAACGAAUUGUAUAUGUAAAUAUAUGUAUAUAUGUAUACAUAUGUGUGUAUAGAUAUAUGUAUGAUAUAUAUAUCUAUACAUAUACACAUACAAAGACACAUA